AUGGAAGAAAAGGCUUUUAUCGUAACUGGAGGCGCAUACGGUAUCGGCCUUGCAACGGUGCGACUGCUCCUUGCUCAGGGUGCUUCUGUCGGCGUCGGUGACAUACAGGAAGAUGCGCUCCGAGCUGCCGUCCUCCCUUUAAAUAGCCAAUACUGCCAAAGAGUACACUUCAUCCGGUCUUUCAUCUAUAGGAUGAAGGAAAUAUUCAGGUGCCUUAAUAGAUACGCCAAUAUUGCGGGAACUGGGGGCCAUCGCCUUAGCGACAACAGCAUUUCCGAGACAACCGAUACCGAAUAUAACUUUAUCAUGGAUCUAAAUACUCGUACAACCUUCAUCGCUCUCGCAGAGGUGCUAAGGCCUGACAUCAUCACCGGGAAAAGCGGAAGUAUUGUCUGUAUAGGCAGCAUAUUUGGGCAGCGGGGUUUCAAGAGGGGCGCCGCAUUUGCGGCCUCCAAGCACGCCAUGGUAGGGUUGGCUAAGAGCGCAGUAUUGGAAGCUGGCGAACGCGGCUUACGAAUAAACAUCGUAGAACCGGGAGCAAUCGACACGCCGAUACAUCGACGCAACACGGAGAGCAAUAUGCCGGAUCUAACACCAGACAACCCCAUCCCGAGACUAGGCACCCCGGAAGAUGUAGCAGGAGUUAUCACAUUCCUUUUGGGCGACCAGUCUAAGUAUGUAAAUGGAGCAGUAUAUGCGGUAGAUGGGGGUGCCAACGCAUGA